AUGGCUUCUUCGUCUUUGUCUUCACCUCCUCCCUGUAACUAUGAUGUCUUCCUAAGCUUCCGUGGGGAAGAUACACGUAGAACCAUUGUCAGCCAUUUGUACGCAGCACUUGGUGCAAAGGGAAUCAUUACUUUCAAAGACGAUCAAGAUCUUGAGGUAGGUGAUCAUAUUUCUAGCCACCUCCGCAGAGCCAUAGAAGGUUCAAAGUUCGCUGUUGUGGUUCUCUCUGAAAGAUACACAACGUCAAGGUGGUGCUUGAUGGAACUGCAAUUAAUAAUGGAAUUGUACAACCUUGGUAAACUCAAAGUCCUUCCCUUGUUCUAUGAAGUUGAUCCCUCUGACGUGAGACACCAGCGAGGAAGUUUUGGUUUAGAAAGGUACCAGGGUCCAGAAUUCGCGGAUAUUGUGCAAAGGUGGAGAGUAGCUCUGUGCAUGGUAGCCAAUCUCUCAGGCAUGGUUUCCAGAUAUUGUGCGGACGAGGCUAUGAUGCUUGAAGAAAUUGUUGAAGUCAUCUCAAGCCGGUUAGCUUCUAUGCAAGCAACUUCUUUUGAAGAUUUAGUUGGUAUGGAAGCUCACAUGGAAAACAUAAGACCUCUCUUGAAGAAAGACUUUGAUGCCGAGGUUUGUAUGGUUGGAAUAUGGGGAAUGGGGGGCAUCGGAAAAACUACCAUUGCUAAGUAUCUAUAUGAACAGCUUGCAAGCCAAUUUCCAGCUCAUUCUUUCAUUGAAGAUGUCGGCCAAAUCUGUAAGAAAGUUGAUCUAAAAUGUAUACAACAACAACUUCUCUGCGAUAUUCUAAGUACAAAACGAGUGGCCUUGAUGAGCAUCCAAAACGGUGCAAACCUUAUUCGGUCAAGGCUUGGAACCCUCAAGGUUCUCUUUGUGCUUGAUGGUGUUGAUAAAGUGGAGCAGUUACAUGCCUUGGCAAAGGAGGCUAGCUGGUUUGGUCCAGGGAGCCGAAUCAUUAUAACCACACGUGACAGAAGAUUGCUAGAUUCCUGCAGAGUGACCAACAAGUACGAGGUUAAAUGCUUGCAAAAUGAGGACUCGUUAAAGAUUGUUAAAAAUAUUGCUUUUGCAGGCGGAGUUCCUACACUUGAUGGAUAUGAACGUUUUGCGAUUCGAGCAUCUCAGCUCGCUCAAGGUCUUCCUUUAGCCCUGGUAGCUUUCGGUUCAUUUCUCCGUGGAGCGACCUCUAUAGACGAGUGGGAAGAUGCAAUAGACACGCUUGAAACAGCUCCUCACCAGAAUAUCAUGGAUAUUUUAAGAAGUAGCUAUACCAAUCUGGACCUACGAGACAAGACCAUUUUCAUUAGGGUCGCAUGUCUUUUCAAUGGAGAACCAGUCUCCCGUGUUUCUACCCUUCUCUCUGAAACUAAAAGAAGGAUAAAAGGUUUAGCUGAAAAGUCUCUCAUCCAUAUAUCAAAAGAUGGAUAUAUUGACAUACAUUCCUUGAUAAAACAAAUGGCUAGAGAAAUUGUUGUUGAAGAAUCAUUGUACAUACCUCGACAACAAAGAAUUUUGUGGGAUCCUCAUAACAGUUAUGGCGUACUGGAAAGCAAAACAGGGACAGAGAGAAUCCAAGGCAUGACACUACAUAUGUGUGAAUUGCCCCGAGCAGCAUCCAUAGAUGGGAGUGCUUUUGAGCAGAUGGAAAAUCUCAUAUUUCUCAAAUUCUUCAAACACUUAAAUGAUAGAGAGUCCAAGCUGAAUAUCAAUUCAAAGAAUCGUAUGGUACUUCCACGCAGCCUUAGGCUAUUGCAUUGGGACGCAUAUCCAUUAACAACCUUGCUUCCCACAUUUCCUCUGAGUCGUCUUGUUGAACUUCAUCUGCGUUACAGCAAUCUGGAGAACCUGUGGGAUGGAAAAAUGUCGCUCUUGGAGUUAAGGAUGCUAGAUGUCACUGGAUCUAAGAAUCUGACCAAACUUCCAGAUCUUUCAAGGGCAACAAAGCUUGAGGAGCUGAUUGCUAAAGGUUGCACGAGGUUGGAGCAAAUCCCGGAAACAAUUGGUAGCUUACCUUCACUGAAGAAACUUGAUGUAUCCCACUGUGAUCGCCUCAUCAAUCUUCAGAUGAUUAUAGGAGAAUUGCCUGCCCUUCAAAAACGUAGCCCAGGGCUUUUUCGGCAAGCUUCAUUGAGUUUCCCAGAUGCUGUAGUUACACUGAACUCUCUUACGAGUCUAGCCAUCCAUGGCAAAUUAAAUUUUUGGUUGUCACAUCUCCGAGGAAAGGCAGACCACCUCUGCUUUAGUUCCGAGCAAUGGACCCCUAACAAAUUUCUGAAGCAAGUACAAAAGACGCCUAAGCUCAUGUCUGAGUUUUACGGAUUUAAAUCACUCGACAUCAUGCAGUUCAUCUACCGUAAAGACAGUGCCUCUUUCCAGUGUUAUAGCUUUUCAGAUUUCCUCUGGUUAACCGAGUUAAAUCUCAUAAACCUAAACAUAGAAAGCAUCCCAGAUGACAUUGGCCUUUUGCAGGUCCUACAAAAACUGGACCUCAGCGGAAAUGAUUUCACAUGCCUACCCACAGAUAUGGAAAAUCUUUCUAGUAUGAAAUCUCUCAGGCUUUGCAACUGCCUCAAACUUCAAACACUACCAAAACUACCUCAACUGGAGACACUCAAACUUUCUAACUGUAUACUUCUCCAAAGUCCACUAGGACAUUCAGCUGCCAGAAAAGAUGAGCGUGGAUACCGCUUAGCUGAGCUUUGGCUUGACAACUGCAAUGAUGUUUUUGAAUUGUCAUAUACGUUUAGUCAUUGCACCAAUUUAACAUACUUAGACCUCAGCGGAAAUGAUAUGGUGACGAUGCCUGUAACUAUCAGAUUCCUUAGGCUGUUGAAUACUCUCUGCCUCAAUGACUGCAAGAAACUCAAGUCAAUGGUACAGCUUCCACCAAACCUUACAUCUCUCUAUGCACGUGGCUGCACUUCCCUGGAAAUUAUUCACCUUCCCUUGGAUCAUUCCAUAAAACACGUUGAUCUUAGCUACUGCCCCAAAUUGAAUGAAGUUGCGAAUCUGAUGGAUCGAUUUCUGAGAUGUGGACGAAAGGAAGAGGUGCCUCAGCGUUUUGCUUGCUUAUCUGGAAGUAGAGUGCCCAUCUACUUCGACUAUCAAGCAAGGGAAUAUUCCAGAGAAAUCAGCAUACCCCCAAUAUGGCAUGCCUCUGAGUUUGUGGGUUUUGAUGCCUGUAUCAUAAUUGCUUGUCAGAGUCCUUAUCACAUAAAGCUCUCGUCAUCUUCUUAUAGCUGUAAACAGGAAGAUAACCAGUCCUACCGAAUUGACCUCAAGCCCGAUUUCGUUCUCCCACCGGAGAGUACUCGUAGCAGCAAUGACAAAGAGGCAUUCUCAGCACAUCACAUGUUCAUCUUCCACGUUCCAAGUAACGUAGACUUCAACGAGUUUAGCCUUGAGCCAAAACUUGUAAUUUCAGAGGAGUUUCAGUCUACACCGGGCAGAAUAAUAUCAUACGGAGUUCGAGUAGUACUCAAAACUGAAGAGGAUGAUCGAAACUACGACAUAAACUGCGGAAACCUAUCCAAAAAAAGGAAAACAGAUAUGUUGACAAUUUGAAGGAUAAGAACGACGACCAAAUCAUAGAUUUCUUUCAAAAUAAAAACAAAUGACCGAUGCUUCAUCUCCCCAUGUAUAUUUUCCUCAUCGAUCGCCCAUGAUCAGGCUGUUUCUCUUCCAAUUUUUAUGAGAAUAACUGUGGAUUUUUGGUUUACCAUCU